AAUCCACAGAUUUUCCUGUGUUACUUUUGCCACACUCAUCACACUAUAAAGUGCCCUCUCACCUCCCUCUUUCCCUCAGUUAUUCAAUCCAAAAACACUUUGUUUUAUAUUGUCUUCUUUUACUUCAACACUCCAACAACACAAUAUGGCCGCCUCAGUACCAACCGUUGGAGCCGUUAACAUUGCACAGUUGAAACUGAAUGGCUCUAGCAGUAGGGUGACAAGCUCACCAUUCUUUGGAACAAGUUUGAAGAAAGUCAAUUCUGAGAGUUCAAGCCAGAGGGGUGUGUGUCGGAAUUUCAAGGUUUCUGCACAGAUUGAAUAUGAUGAGGAGAAGCAAACUUCAAAGGAUAGAUGGGGUGGACUUGCCUAUGACACUUCAGAUGACCAGCAAGAUAUCACUAGAGGGAAGGGAAUGGUGGACACUCUCUUCCAAGCUCCCAUGGAAAGUGGCACUCACUAUGCUGUCAUGAGUUCCUAUGAUUAUAUCAGUGCCGGACUUCGCCAGUACAAUUUAGACAACACCAUGGAUGGCUUCUAUAUUGCUCCUGCAUUUAUGGACAAGAUUGUUGUUCACAUCACCAAGAACUUUUUGAACUUGCCAAAUAUUAAGGUCCCUCUUAUUUUGGGUAUUUGGGGAGGCAAAGGUCAGGGGAAAUCAUUUCAAUGUGAGCUUGUCUUUGCCAAGAUGGGAAUCAACCCCAUAGUGAUGAGUGCUGGAGAAUUGGAAAGCGGAAAUGCUGGAGAACCUGCAAAGUUGAUUAGGCAAAGGUAUCGCGAGGCAGCAGACAUUAUCAGAAAAGGAAAGAUGUGCUGUCUCUUCAUCAAUGAUCUUGAUGCAGGAGCUGGUAGGCUUGGUGGAACCACUCAAUACACAGUCAACAACCAGAUGGUGAAUGCAACCCUUAUGAACAUUGCUGACAACCCAACCAAUGUCCAACUUCCUGGCAUGUACAACAAGGAGGAGAAUCCCCGUGUUCCCAUCAUAGUCACUGGCAAUGACUUCUCAACAUUGUAUGCUCCUCUCAUUCGUGAUGGACGUAUGGAGAAGUUCUAUUGGGCACCUACUCGGGAUGACAGGAUUGGUGUCUGCCAAGGCAUUUUCAGAACAGAUGGUGUUCUAAAGGAGGAUAUUAUCAAGCUUGUUGACACCUUCCUUGGGCAAUCUAUUGACUUCUUUGGUGCCUUGAGGGCCAGAGUCUAUGAUGAUGAAGUAAGGAAGUGGAUUUCUGGUGUUGGGGUGGAGAAUAUUGGGAAAAAGCUGGUGAACUCAAAGGAGGGACCUCCAACAUUUGAGCAACCAAAGAUGACUCUUAGCAAGCUCCUUGAGUAUGGAAACAUGCUUGUCCAAGAGCAAGAGAAUGUGAAGAGGGUUCAAUUGGCUGACAAAUAUCUCAAUGAGGCUGCACUUGGAGAUGCAAAUGAUGAUGCCAUCAAGACUGGAAACUUCUAUGGACAAGGAGCUCAGCAAGUUCAUGUUCCUGUCCCUGAAGGUUGCACUGACCCUACUGCUGAAAACUAUGAUCCAACAGCCAGAAGUGAUGAUGGAAGCUGCACAUACAAAUUUUAGGUGAUUCUUAGGUAAAUUGUGAGUAGAUAAAUAUAGUUUUGAAACAGCAAAAUAAAAGAAUGUUACAAUGUUUUCCACAUUAGAAUUCACUUUUUUAUGUAAGAUGUAGAUUUUGUGUUAUUGCCGGUGUAACCCUUUGUUGGGUUUUAUGGGUGACAAUAUGACAUCUUAUAGCUAGCAUAGUUGGAAAUAUCAUUUCCUUUUUGUUUCUCUGUUCA